AUGCUCCCAUACGACCACGCGUCUCGAAUAGCCUCUGCUGAGGAAGCCCUACUCACCGCAUUCUCGUGGCGGAGGUGUUUUCCCACCAAAAGAAUGGACCGGAACGGGGAGAAAAAAGAAUUUCGUUGGGAAUCUGGUUACGAAAAAACAUGGACCGCGAUUCGCGAAGAUGAAUCGGGUCGACUGAUCACCACAUUGGAACAACUAGUCCAUGACGCUCAUGCUCAAAUCCGAAAGAAGCGUCGCCGUUUGGCUGCCGGUACAGAGGGUUUCGUUCGGCUGGGAAUGAUGCGCCAUCUUUAUCUGAUUAUCGAUCUGUCUCAGGCGAUGCUCGCUCAAGAUUUAAAACCAAAUCGGCUAGUUUGUACGCUUCGUGAUGUUGACGACAAAAUGAGAGAUCUUGAAGCGGAUUGCCGGGACUAUAGUCUGGUCGAUAAAACUAGCCCAACUGGAGAAGCUCGUGAACUCUAA